CCAUCCACUCCACUACACAAAACGCAGUUAUAAAAAAGAAGAAAAAAUACAGAUCACCAAGCCCAUGGGCAUGGGUUUCUCCAACGCGCAGAUGAAGGCGGAGAAGAAACAUUUCAUAUUAGUGCACGGAGCUUGCCACGGGGCUUGGACCUGGUACAAGCUCAAGCCACUCAUCGAGGCCGCCGGCCACCGUGUGACGGUGCUGGACAUGGCCGCCGCCGGUGUCAACCGGAACACAGUGGAGGAAAUUCGCACGCUUUCACACUACUCGCAACCUUUGCUGGAGACGAUGGCCACCGUUGGAGCCGGUGAAAAGGUGAUUGUGGUGGCCCACAGCCUCGGCGGCCUCAACUUGGCCCUCGCCAUGGAUACCCACGCGGACAACAUUGCCGCCGCCGUCUUCGUUACGGCCUAUGUCCCCGAUACCUCCCACGCCCCAUCCUAUGUAUUAGACAAGCACUCAGAGAAGAACCAGCUAGAAGAUCUGCUGGACAUCGAAUUUUCGUCCAAUGGAAGCACCAACGAGGCUUUCACUUCGAUGCUGUUUGGACCCAAAUUCUUGUCCACCUACCUCUAUCAGCUAUCCCCAAUUGAGGAUUUGGAGCUGGCCAAGACUUUGGUGAGACCAAGCCCGAUGUUCAGGGAGGAUCUGUCGAGAGCAGACAAGUUUAAGGAAGAGAAAUUUGGAUCAGUGACCAAAUUUUAUGUGAUUUGUAGUGAAGACAAGGUGAUCAGAAAGCAGUAUCAGGAAUGGAUGAUCCAAAACAGUGGGAUUCCAAAACAAAACGUGAUGGAAAUUGAAGGAGCUGAUCAUAUGCCCAUGUUCUCUAAGCCACACCAACUAGCCCAAUGCCUUCUCCAAAUUGCCAAAAAAUAUGCUUAAAAAUGCCUCUAAUUGGAUAAGAUAUAAUUUGAAACUUGAUGUAUUUAGUUUUUGUAAUUUAAUUUGAGCAUUUGUGUCAAAUUGUUUUCUUAAAUUUUCGCUUGCGUUGCGGUGCGUACAAAGUCAUAAAUUCAGUUUCUUAACUAUGAAAUAUUGAUAUGACACGUCUAUUAAUCAUUUAAUUAUCUGUUAUGUCAUGUAAAUUCACUCAAAAUUAUGUAAGAGGGGUGUGUAACUUCUUUAAAUUUGAAUUGUUGUCGAUAGGAAUAUAGCUCGAUGUCAUUUUCCAUC